UUACAUACAUACACAUAUGGUGAGGGAGAGAACGUGAUGACGUGAGACUCUCCUUGGAGAGUAGAAGGUAAUAAAGAAAUAAAACAGGUGUCUGAGGAGACGUUCUAUUAGAGAGGGGAGAAUAGAGAGUAAUUAUCGUUCAGACAGGCAAGAGUUCUCUGCAGGUAGCAGCCUGGGAAAGCGAACUCGCGCACCCUCUUGGGGGACGGGCUCUUUUGCUUUCUAUUUCUUCUCCUGCAGCCAGGGUGCACGCGUAUUUGAAACAGACCGAAUUUCCUCCUCGAUGUGGGGUCAGGUUGACUUUUCGAGACUAGCGGAUAUUUCUUUUUAAUGACUCCAAUGCCUUUUGUUAUUGCUGUUAUUGAGGUUGAGGGAGAAGAGAUCGGUCUAAAUUCUGGCUGGGUAAGUAGGGGGAUUCUCGGCGAUGAGAAACGGGGGACUUAGAAGCCGGAGGAAAAUCAGCAGCCCCCUCAUCUCCACUUCUCCAGUCCCUCCACUCUUCACCCGUGACCUCCCGUGGAGACCCCAGGAGGCAGCAUCAAUAUUUGAUCGACCCUUCGUCUGCACGCUGCCAGCCCUGGCCGGCUGGGCUCGCCAGGCAUUGCCCGCUCGGCGCUGAGGCGGACGCCCGGCCCUGCCCCGGGAUUUGGAAGGACCCUCUCUGCACUCGCCCCCUCCCCAGAGUGGCUCUGCUUCCGAGCCUGGGCGCGGUGCCCACCAUGCGCGGCUGCCCGCGGCUCGCGCUGCUUUGCGCGCUGCCCUGGCUCCUGCUGGCGGCGUCGCCCGGGCACCCGGCGAAAUCCCCCAGGCAGCCCCCGGCACCGCGCCGCGACCCCCUCGACCCUGCCAGGGGCGCCGAUUUCGAUCAUGUCUACAGCGGGGUGGUGAAUCUCAGCACCGAGAACAUCUACUCUUUCAACUACACCAGUCAGCCCGGCCAGGUGACCGCCGUGAGGGUGUAUGUGAACAGUUCCUCUGAGAAUCUCAACUACCCGGUCCUUGUGGUGGUUCGUCAGCAGAAAGAGGUGCUGUCCUGGCAGGUUCCUCUGCUCUUCCAAGGACUAUACCAGAGGAGCUACAACUACCAAGAAGUGAGCCGCACCUUAUGCCCCUCAGAAGCAACCAACGAGACGGGCCCCUUGGAGCAAUUGAUAUUUGUAGAUGUAGCAUCCAUGGCACCCCUGGGUGCCCAGUACAAACUGCUAGUUACCAAGCUCAAGCACUUCCAGCUCCGGACAAAUGUUGCCUUUCACUUUACUGCCAGCCCCUCCCAACCUCAGUAUUUUCUAUACAAGUUUCCCAAAGACGUGGACUCAGUUGUCAUUAAAGUGGUGUCUGAAAUGGCUUAUCCAUGUUCUGUUGUCUCAGUCCAGAAUAUCAUGUGCCCGGUGUAUGAUCUUGACCACGAUGUGGAAUUUAAUGGCGUCUAUCAGUCCAUGACCAAGAAAGCUGCCAUCACACUACAGAAGAAGGAUUUUCCAGGCGAGCAGUUCUUCGUGGUAUUUGUGAUAAAGCCUGAAGAUUAUGCCUGUGGAGGAUCUUUCUUCAUCCAGGAAAAGGAAAACCAGACCUGGAAUCUACAGCGAAAGAAGAACCUCGAAGUGACCAUUGUUCCUUCCGUUAAAGAAUCUGUUUAUGUGAAAUCCAGUCUUUUCAGUGUCUUCAUCUUCCUGUCCUUCUACUUGGGAUGCCUGCUUGUUGUGUUUGUUCAUUAUCUGAGGUUUCACAGAAAAUCCACUGAUGGAAGCUUUGGGUCCAGUGAUGGUUCAGGCCAUUCUCCUGCCUCAAGCCCCAUUGCUGCCAGCACACCCGAAGGGAGCAAUUAUGGAACAAUAGAUGAGUCAAGCUCCAGUCCUGGAAGGCAGAUGUCCUCCCCCGAUCGUGGGCCACCAGGCCAGUCAGACACAGACAGCUCCGUGGAGGAGAGCGACUUUGACACCAUGCCAGACAUUGAGAGUGAUAAAAACGUCAUCCGGACCAAGUUUGUGAUUUCCGGCUGGGGCCCAGAGGACGGAGGAAAACCACAUUUCCUCUUCUCACUCUUGAUUUUACAGGUGGUAAAUGUCACUGGCAACCAGGACAUCUGUUACUACAACUUCCUCUGUGCUCACCCCUUGGGCGUCCUGAGUGCCUUCAACAACAUUCUCAGCAAUCUGGGCCACGUGCUUCUGGGCUUCCUCUUCCUGCUGAUAGUCUUGUGCCGGGACAUCCUCCAUCGGAGAGCCCUAGAAGCCAAGGACCUCUUUGCUAUGGAGUACGGGAUUCCCAAACACUUUGGUCUCUUCUACGCUAUGGGCAUUGCACUGAUGAUGGAAGGGGUGCUCAGUGCUUGCUACCAUGUCUGCCCUAAUUAUUCCAACUUCCAAUUCGACACCUCCUUCAUGUACAUGAUCGCUGGCCUGUGCAUGCUGAAGCUCUAUCAGACCCGCCACCCAGACAUCAAUGCCAGCGCCUACUCCGCCUACGCCUCCUUCGCUGUGGUCAUCAUGGUCACCGUCCUUGGAGUGGUAUUUGGAAAAAAUGAUGUGUGGUUCUGGGUCAUCUUCUCUGCAAUCCACGUUCUGGCCUCACUAGCCCUCAGCACCCAGAUAUAUUAUAUGGGCCGUUUCAAGAUAGAUUUGGGAAUUUUCCGGCGGGCUGCCAUGGUGUUCUACACAGACUGUAUCCAGCAGUGUAGCCGGCCUCUGUAUAUGGAUAGAAUGGUGUUGCUGGUUGUGGGGAAUCUGGUUAACUGGUCCUUCGCCCUCUUCGGAUUGAUACACCGCCCCAGGGACUUUGCCUCCUACAUGCUGGGCAUCUUCAUCUGCAACCUUUUGCUGUACCUGGCCUUUUACAUCAUCAUGAAGCUCCGCAGCUCUGAGAAGGUGCUCCCGGUCCCGCUCUUCUGCAUCGUGGCCACCGCUGUGAUGUGGGCUGCCGCCCUGUAUUUUUUCUUCCAGAAUCUCAGCAGCUGGGAGGGAACUCCGGCGGAAUCCCGGGAGAAGAACCGCGAGUGCAUUCUGCUGGAUUUCUUCGAUGACCAUGACAUCUGGCACUUCCUCUCUGCUACUGCUCUGUUUUUCUCAUUCUUGGUUUUGUUAACUUUGGAUGAUGACCUUGAUGUGGUUCGGAGAGACCAGAUUCCUGUCUUCUGAACCUCCAACAUUAAGAGGAAGGGAGGGAGCGAUCAAUCUUGGUGCUGUUUCACGAAAAUUACAGUGACCGCAGCAAAGUAACCACUGCCAGAUGCCCCACUCACCCUCUGUAGAGCCAGCUCUGCUUUCACACAGGAAGGACAGGGGCUGCGGGAGAUUUAAACCUGCAAGAAGGGAGGCAGAAGGGGAGCCAUGUUUUGAGGACAGACGCAAACCUGAGGAGCUGAGAAACACUCACUCCUUCCAUCUGCGGCUCUGGGAGUGCAACAGGAACAGGCGCUGCACCCAAGUCAACUCGCCAUCUUGGGGCCCCUCCCACCCUCAAGGAGACUUGCCGGCAAUGGCAGAAUGCUGCUGCACGCUUCCCUCCGGUUGUCGCCCUGCCCAGAAAGGCCAGCAGCUUGGAUUCCUGCCCAGAAA